UAUUAUAUAGCCUAUAUGCGAGUAACACUCCAAAAACGCUCACGGUGCCGGUGCCCAACUCAUAAGCAAAUUGAAUUCCUUUAGAACCUCUGGAAUCUGGAACCUCUCAUACGUCAUACGCAAAGCUCGAAUUGCAGAAGCUCGUUCCAGUAAUGAAUGACCUGUCAUCCCCGGGCCCAGGGCGGCCGCCCCUCUUGCCCUGGCUCAGGGACGGGCCUGGCUUUGCGCUCUUUUGUCAAGGUUUGUUUCCGAGUAUCAUAGUUUGUGUGGAUUGCCACGUCCUUAUUUUCGUUUCCACGGUGAUGCUACCUUGUUUCCAGCCAUUGGAGGGAGUAGAUUUUGAUGUCAGUGUGUUUUGGAGUACUGACAUCACCAUGCCUGAUGGAACAUAUGUGCAGCCAUGAAAGCAAUCAGCAUGAGGACACGUUAGGGGAGAAUAAAAGGAAUGGCAAGCGCAUCAAGAUAUGAAAAGAUUAGGGGUUUAAAGUGUGAAGGGAUAAAGAAAGGGGAUAGAGAAAAACUUGGGAUUUGAGCCUUCAAUUCGGUAAGUCUUGGAUCAAUACUUCAAUCGUGCAAUGGAUCCUUCUAUCAUGAAGCUUCUUGAAGAGGAUGAGGACGAGUCAAUGCAUUGUGGAGCAGAUGUUGAGGCAUUUACUGCUGCUCUAAACAGAGACAUCGAAGGUGGCUCAUCCAGUUCUCAGCCUGCUCAUUCAGAUAUCUCAUUUUCUCAAGAGAACAAUCAAACUUCAAGUCAGAUGUACUCACAAGGGCAGCCUUCUAGUCAAGAUGAAAGCAGUGGCAACCAAUCCCAGCAGCAAGGUCUGAGGACUCAGACACAGCAAUCAUCUGAAGUGGAUAUGAAAGAGCAUGAAUCUAGUAUGGAGAUAAAGCAAGAAGCUAAUGGCUCUCAGGCGACGAGUGGCUCUCAUUCGCAGAUACAUAGGCCUGUGCAAGCUGAUGUUAAGGAGCACUCUGUGGAACCUAAUCCUGGAGACUUCUCCCAGCCUUCAGUUCCAAUGCAACCACAGUUAUCUGGAACAACUCAUGCUCAGGCUCAUGAUCCGAGCAGAAUGCUUAAUAUAAGCAGUGAAUCACAGUCCUUAAACAUGCAGAGAUUCAAUAAUCAACAAAUGCCAGCAUCAGAGCGGGGUGGCACCUCAGCUAAUCGGGCGAAGCAAAUACCAUUUGGCACUUUGCUUCCUAUCAUCUUACCUGAAUUAGAUAAGGACAGGGCGAUGCAACUCCAAACUCUGUACGCAAGACUACGGAGGAAUGAGAUACCCAAAGAUGAAUUUGUCAGGCGCAUGAGAAGCACUAUAGGGGAUCAAAUGCUGAGGUUGGCUGUGGUUAAGAUGCAAGCAAAGUCGCAGAACCCUAAUCAGCAGCCACACCUAAGACCUCCUACUGGUACCGCAGCCCAAUUCUCUGAUCCUUAUUCUUUUGGACAGCUACAUCAGAAGAGCCAUAACGCUGGUUCCAUGACUCGAACUCCUGCUUCAGCCUUGCAACCAAUUAAAGAUUCGGGUCACCAAAUGGUUGAUCGCAAUUCUCUCAAAUCAAGAGAGAUGGAACAUCUGACAGAUUCUCAUGGUGUGCAAGCAAAGCAAUUAUCGGAUCGCUCAGCAAUGUCUAUGCAGGGCCUUUCAGAGCAGCAACAGCAGCAUUUGCACUUCCAACAGAGUUCUUUUCCCAUGUAUGGAGCCAGUAUUUAUCACCCCUUUUCUGGCACAAAUGUCAGUACUCCUUCAACAUUGAGUAAACCUCAACCUCAUGACCCCCAAGCAAGGCAACUUCAUCAAGGACUUGGUUCUGCUUAUGGAGAUGGAACAAGCCAGGCUAUGAAUGCCAUGAAUACACCUAAGGAUGAGAGGCAGAAUUCCUAUAGUGAAACCAAAAGAAUUCCUGGCAUAACCAUGGUCAACAUGUCCACUCCUUCAAUGCAACAUACCUCUGUUCCUUGGCAGGUUAGCAAUGAGCAGAAAAUUGGCGCCUCACCGAACUUGAACUAUGUGAAGCAGGAGCCUUCUGAGCAGGCUCUCGAGAAACAACCAAAGCCCCAAAUCUCUUCAUCCCAGGGGUCUGGCUUUCCGAGUGCUGUACUCAGUGAUCAAGUAGAAUCACGUCCAGUACCCUCAACUGAUGAACUGUCAGAGAGACAUAAUUCUGGAACUGCCUUUCCAUCUACUUUGCGGACUGCUAUGCCAAACUCGGCGUCAAUGUCACAACAUAUGGAUACCGAUUACCAGGUAGGGUCUCAGAGUAUAUCUGCUAGCCCUAUGGGUGGGAUGGGAAGCAGCUCUAAGGCACCAGCUAAAAAGCCAUCUAGUGGUCAGAAGAGGCCACUUGAUGCACGUGCUUCUUCACCACCUUUGCCCAGUAAGAAACAGAGGGGCUCUGCAGGUUUAUCUGAUCAAAGCAUCGAGCAACUCAAUGAUGUUACUGCUGUUAGUGGAGUUAAUCUUAGGGAAGAGGAGGAGCAGUUAUUUUCUGGCCCCAAGGAUGAUAGUAGAGUAUCAGAGGCAUAUCGUAAGGCUGUUCAAGAAGAAGAAGACAGACUAAUUCUGCAGAAGGCUCCUCUCCAGAAGAAGUUAGCAGAAAUAAUGACAAAAUGUGGUUUGAAGAACUUGAGCAAUGAUGUAGAGCGGUGCCUCUCACUAUGUGUAGAGGAAAGACUGCGUGGCUUGAUAAGCAGUCUGAUCAGAGUGUCAAAACAGCGAGUUGACUCCGACAGAUCAAGGCACACCACUGUUGUCACGUCUGAUGUUCGAGAACAAAUAUUGGCGAUUAACCAAAGGGCCAGAGAAGAAUGGGAGAAGAAACAAGCUGAAGCUGAGAAACUUCGUAAACAAAAUGAGCCUGACAGCAGUACUGUAGUUGAUGCUGACAAAGACAAAGAUGAUGGACGUGCAAAGUCACUGAAGAUGCCGGUGAACAAAGAAGAGGAUGACAAAAUGCGUACAACAGCAGCAAAUGUAGCUGCCCGAGCUGCUGUUGGAGGGGAUGACAUGCUAUCAAAAUGGACGCUUAUGGCACAAGCUCGCCAUAAGCGUGAAGGGGGACCUGAAACUAGUUCUCAGACAGUUAAAGAGGCAGCAAGCAAUAAACAACCCACAGCCCCUGUUGGGAACGUUGGGCAGACUCGAGGAACUGGCAAAAUAGAUUCGUCAGCUGCUCUUUCUGCGUCUGGAUUGGUGAGACAAGUAUCUGUAACACCUCCUCGUGUAGCUCCUUGUAUCUCCGUCAAGGAUGUGAUCUCUGUGCUGGAAAGAGAACCCCAGAUGGCAAAAUCCACUAUUAUUUAUCGACUCUAUGACAAAAUGCAUGCUGAUCAUGCAGCAGCCGAGUGAACGGAGUGAUGCAUGGCUUCAUCGUAAUCUUCUGUUUGAUAUGCAUGGUGCCACAUGAAAGACCGAAGUUCAUUAUACAUUUCUAAAUAUUAGCGAUCACACUAAUAAUUACUGGUAGUUUGUAAUUAUUUACUUACCUCUGUACUUUUUCUUUUUUUUUCCUGAAUUUUUGUAAUAAUUUUAUAGUUUGUAAGGGUUUUGAGUAGCAGUUAACACUGAUCUUACUGAAUAAUGUUGGUGAUGGACUGACUUAAGGUUUUCUGAACCUUUUUCUAUGUAUUUACUCUGAUCUUUAUUAAUAUUUGCUUUGUACUGAA